AUAUAUUUUAUUUGCAGCCAUCACAUUUUACAUUCGUAUUUAUAUAUUACAUAUAUUUGACAUUACGUGACAUAUGACACGAUGCACAUAAAUUAUCAUUGUAUUUAUUUCUUAUGCCAUUAAUAAUUUUAUUUAGUAAGAAAAGAAUCGCAUAGCAUGUAAAUUGCAUUCCCAAAGUGUGUUCGUAAAAUGUACAUAAGAAAUGGUUAAGUAGGUAGCCAUAUUAGAUUACGUAGUCUAUGUAGUUCAUGAAAUAUUCACGUGAUGGCACGACGGUAGACUAUAAGUUCGAGAUCAAGACGACGCUGUUCAUGGUUCGUGGCCGUGAUGACGUCAGAUUUGGAAGCACAAGCCGUGAGCGCGUUUUAAAGCCGAGUAGGGCGUGAAAGUGUAUGUUGUGCCGCUUAUUUCGCUCCGCGUUUUAUUUGACGCACCCGUUACCUGAACAAAAAAUAUGUGCAAAUAGUUAAAAGUGCGCGUUAAAUCCACCUUUUUAAUAUUCCGUGCUUAUCAGAGACAAUUAUGUUCGGUGCUGCAUUUACGUGAUUGAAAGUGAAAGAAAAAAAAAGAGAGGAUAGAUAGAGGAGGAAUACCAUGUUUCGCUACAUUCCAAUUUUUAAAGGGUGUAACAGGCAGGUGGAAUACGUUGACAAGCGUCAUUGCUCUCUGCCUAGCGUCCCCGACGAUAUCCUGAGAUAUUCGAGGAGCUUGGAGGAACUUUUACUCGAUGCGAAUCAUAUACGCGAAUUACCGAAGAACUUCUUCCGUCUUCAGAGGCUACGAAAACUCGGACUAAGCGACAAUGAAAUUGGUCGUUUGCCACCGGACAUACAAAAUUUUGAGAACCUCGUGGAAUUGGACGUAUCCAGGAACGAUAUACCAGACAUUCCUGAAAACAUUAAAAACUUACAAGCGUUACAAAUUGCAGAUUUUAGUAGUAACCCUAUUCCUAAACUUCCAGCAGGCUUCGUAGAGCUAAGAAAUUUAACUAUUCUUGGCUUGAAUGAUAUGUCCUUAACAAAAUUACCACCUGAUUUUGGAAGCUUGGAAGCAUUACAGUCGUUAGAGUUACGUGAAAAUUUACUCAAGGUUUUACCCGAAUCCCUUUCGAAACUGAGUAAACUUGAACGACUAGACCUUGGUGAUAAUGAACUUGAAGAAUUACCACCUCACAUAGGAAAAUUACCAGCGUUACAAGAAUUAUGGUUGGAUCACAACCAAUUACAACACUUACCUCCUGAAAUUGGUGAAUUAAAGACAUUGGCGUGUUUAGAUGUUUCGGAAAAUCGUUUAGAAGAUCUUCCUGAAGAAAUAAGUGGUUUAGAAUCAUUAACUGAUUUACAUUUGUCACAAAAUGUUAUUGAAAAGUUGCCAGAUGGAAUUGGUGAUCUUAAAAAGUUAACUAUUCUUAAAGUUGAUCAAAAUAGAUUAUCUACGCUUAAUCCAAAUAUAGGAAGAUGCGAGAAUUUGCAAGAAUUAAUUCUUACAGAAAAUUUUCUUUUAGAAUUGCCAACAUCCGUAGGAAAUCUUCUUAAUUUAAAUAAUUUAAAUGUGGAUAGGAAUAGUCUACAAAUUCUGCCUAUAGAAAUUGGUAAUUUAAAACAAUUAGGUGUACUUUCUUUAAGAAAUAACAAAUUGAAGUACCUUCCAGCAGAAGUUGGCCAAUGUUUAUCACUACACGUUUUGGAUGUAUCUGGAAACAGGUUACAACACUUGCCAUAUUCUUUAAUAAAUCUCAAUUUGAAAGCAGUUUGGUUGAGUGAAAAUCAAGCUCAACCUAUGUUAACUUUUCAAAAUGAUAUUGAUGAAGAAACUGGAGAAAAAGUACUUACUUGUUUCCUUUUACCUCAAUUAGAAUAUCAUCCUGAUGAUUCUGGAAGAUUAGGUACUACGUUGGUUGGAUUGAGAUCCGUUCAAGGAGAAAUACCUGAGCUUAGCGAUGACGAAGGGUGGCAAGAACGUGAAGCAUCUAGAACACAUUCGGUAAAAUUCACAGAUGAACCACCAGAUGCAGAUAAGGAGACGCCAUUUGUUCGACAAAAUACACCACAUCCGAAGGAACUAAAAGCGAAGGCUCAUAAAUUGUUUUGUAAAGGAAGAAACGACAGUAGAUCGGGUUCUACCGAAGAACAGGAUGUUUCUCAAACAUUUGGCUUGGAUAAAACUGAAUCAGAAACACCGAUAAAACCACCUAGCGAAGAUGAAGUACAAAAUAUAAUAGAACAAGAUCAAUCUUCGGAGCAUGAAAUUUCUAGAGAGGAACAAAAAGAAUUGGAAACAUUACCCGAUAGUACUGAUACUCAAACUAACAACGAGAUCGCUGUAUUUUCUUCCCAUGGUGCUACAGAACCACCGACUGUUAAUACAGGUUCUGAUGGAACCAUAUCGGAAUUAAAAGGAAAGGACGAUGACGAAUCUGAAGCUGAAGAUAUGCAAAGGCACGUAGAAUUUUCCGUUAUAGAAGAUACAGAUUACGAAGGAUCUGGUGAAACGAAUAAACCAAAUAGAUUGCAUCGUCGAGAUACGCCACAUCAUUUAAAAAAUAAACGUAUUCAUACAGCUAUUGACAAAGAAAAAGUAGCUUCGCUUAUUGCACAGGCAUUAAUGAAAAAACCUGACGAAACUCCUGCAACAAUUGUCCCUGAACAAACAGAAUCUUCAGAAAUCAUAGAUGGACACAGCCAAGGUGCAACAUCGGAUGCAGAACCAACGUUAGAAGUUAGGGAAGAACAGUAUGAAAUUCAUAUUGAACGAACGACAGGUGGACUUGGCUUGUCUAUAGCAGGAGGUAUUGGAUCAACCCCAUUUAAGGGUGACGAUGAAGGAAUUUUCAUAUCCAGAGUUACAGAAGGUGGACCCGCUGAUUUAGCUGGUUUAAGAGUAGGGGAUAAAGUAAUCUCUGUUAAUGGAGUUUCAGUAGUUAAUGUGGACCAUUAUGAUGCUGUUGAAGUUCUCAAAGCAUGUGGGCGUGUGCUGAUAUUAGUUGUAUUAAGAGAAGUAACAAGAAUAGUGCCAUCGUAUGAGCAGAAUUCAAUGAGAAAAGACUCAUUGUGCUCUAGUUUGAGCACAAGUAGAGCACCAAGCGCAACAUCUUACGUAUCAUCUACAGCUUUAUCGUAUAAUUUAGAAAAUGGUGAUGCUUCUAGUACACACGAAGCAGCAAAGGUAAAAAAGCUUCCUGAAGCAUUAACUUCAAAAACAGGUAGCGAACCUAUGGUGUCUGUUCUUAUACAUACAACACUAAUAAGGGACCAAAAUGGGUUAGGAUUUAGUAUUGCCGGUGGUGAGGGUUCACCACCAGUUAAAGACAAUAGUGAUGCUAUAUAUAUUUCGAGGAUAACUGAUGGUGGAGUUGCACAAAAAGAUGGCAAGUUAUUAGUUGGAGAUAAAGUAAUAUCUAUUAAUGGAGUUGAAAUGAGAGGAGCCAAACAUGAACAAGCGGUAGCUUUACUUACGGGCUUGGAAAGAUUUGUUCGAUUAGUUGUCGAACGUGAAAUGCCACUUUCUCAAGCAAAUCCAGCUACGGUAGUAACUCCAUCUGAAAAAUCACCUCGCGUUAUUGGUGCACCUAGACCGUAUACAGGGUUAUAUAAUGCUAAUAGUUAUAUGGCAAAUAGACCGGCUUAUGCAGGUUAUCGUCGUUCUAUGGAUGCUGACAAAACUUUAUCUCCAAGUCCUACUUCUAAAACACCACCGCCAUUAAAAUCAGACAUGAUGUAUACAGCACCAAAAAUGAAUGGUAUUAGUGAUCCAGGAAAUAACGUUAAAAGUGUUCCUCCUUCUGUGCCACUAAGUCCAACAAAUAGUCAAAUUUAUCCGCAACCUGCUCCAAGGCACAGUGUUACGCAGGCAAUGGCAGCAUCUACGACUAAUACUAAUUCUACACCUACGUCUUCAACGGAACCUAGACCAACAUCCCCGUUACCGGAAGAUAUACAGGUACCGAAGCCAAUCACCAACGAGGAAUUUCAAGCCAUGAUUCCUGCCCAUUUCCUUCGACAUCCAACAUCCUCACCUUCACCAGAUUCCCAUCAAGGUCCUAUUGUGACAGUGACGAUCAAGCAACCUGACAAUCUACCUGGAGAUGUUAACUUUCCUCCAGCUCCUACGACAAUUGGUAAAGUUACUGAAACCAUCAUAAAGAGUACGCUCACAGAGACCGUCGUUACUAGAGUGACUGACAAUCAACUGGUGCAACCAGUUAUUAUCGAGGAUGUCGUGUUGGUGAAAGAAGGAUCACUUGGAUUUAGUAUAAUAGGAGGAACCGAUCAUUCUUGUACUCCAUUUGGUGCAAAGGAACCUGGAAUUUUUAUAUCUCACGUUGUACCUGGCGGUAUAGCAGCUAAAUCUGGUAAGCUUAGAAUGGGUGAUAGAAUAUUGAAGGUAAAUGGAACCGAUGUAACAAAAGCGACCCAUCAGGAAGCCGUAAUGGAACUUUUACGACCUGGAGAUCAGAUUGUACUUACCGUACAGCAUGAUCCUCUUCCAGAAAGUUAUCAGCUGGUCGAAAUAGAGUACAUCCCUGUGACAGAAUUGGUAAUUAUAAAAGAACCAGGAGAAAAAUUGGGAAUGCAUAUUAAAGGAGGACUUAGAGGCCAAAAAGGCAACCCCCUUGAUCAUACGGAUGAAGGAGUUUUUAUAUCUAAAAUUAAUUCAGGCGGAGCAGCUAAGAGAGAUGGUAGAUUAAAGGUCGGUAUGAGGCUGUUAGAAGUCAACGGAACAUCUUUACUGGGUGCAACUCAUCAAGAAGCUGUAAACAUUCUUCGGUGCUCAGGAAAUACGAUCACAUUGGUGGUUUGUAAAGGUUACGAUAAAAAUGAAGUUGAGUCAGUAUUACCUUUAUCCGAUGGCAGAGAUUCUAAAGAAUCCAUCAGGGUGUCGAGAGAAUUUAAAGAUCCACCUACAGAAGAUAUUAAAUCAUUAUCGCAAAGUAUAUCAAGCUUGGAUCGUGACGAUGAAGAAGCAGCAACGCUUAGGCAAGAACAAGAAAUGAAAGCGGAGCUUGUAGCGUGGGAACAAGAAGAGAGGGAACGAGCUUUAAUUGAACACAGGGAGAAAUCCACUCCUGAGAAAGUUUUAGACGUAGUGAGAGCGGCAGAAUCCUUAGUACAUAAAUCAAGUAGUCCAGUUGAUAUGGUUGUACCACCAAAGUCCCCGAGUGGUACAAAGGAUCUCAAAACUACCACCAUCGUGAUGAGUAAACACACGUUAGCUCCUCAGAAUCCAACAUGGAAAGUUCAAAUUGGAGGAUCAAUGGAUCGUACUUCAACAAAAUCUCCGGUCUCUACUCUUACUACAACUGCAAAUUUCAAUCGCUCUGCUUCUACCCAAACAUUACCUUCCCCAAAAAAGAAGAGUUCCGCAGUACCUAAACGUAGCAUUACAUUUGCCGAUCUUCCACCAAUUUCUAAAGAAAGCACAGUUAGCGUUCCCUUGUCGCCUACUGUCAAAUCUAAAUCAUUAUCCAAAGAAUCAUUCCCAUCCAUGCAUGAAACUUUUCUAACACAACAACAACAACAACAACAACAACUACAACCUCAGAUUUCUUCCUAUUCAAAGAAAACUUAUCCAAAUCCAAUACAAAUUACUCAACCACGUUUUCAACUUCCUCCUACACCUUUGACUGCUCCUGAAUAUAUGGGGAAAUUAGGUUCUUCUUCAACUUGCUUUAACAAACGACAGAUAGCACGUUCUGUUGAUGGAAAGGUUCGGGUUGAGCUUUCACCGACAACAUCUCCAUCACCAUCACCAGUAAAAAUGUCAGUCAGUGAUAAGAAGAAAUUGUUUGAAAGUGCCAUGGAAGAACAUCUUAAACCUUCUCCUAAACCAGAAAAAGUAUUUAGCUUUUUAAGUCAAGACGAAGUUGAAAAGAUGAAACAAGAAGAAGAAAAGAAAAUUGCAACAUUAACAAGAGAUGAAUUAAAAUCAUGGGCCCAAUUGGAUGAAAAUGAAGGUCUUGAAGAUUUGGAAGAUUCGAUAGAACAGGAUAACAGGCGUCCUAAUAGCAGACUGAGUUCGCGAAGUUCGGUCGCUCUUCUGCAGAAUAUACCGAGCACAGUGAGGACAGCGAAGGCAGAACGUCGAUUGAAGGAGAGAAUGAUACAAGAGGGCUUGAUUUCGGAUGAAGAUGAAGAAAGUCAUUUAACUCCUGCCGAACAACGAGCCUUACGAGCAGAAAAACGUGCUGCAUGGAGGCAAGCUCGUUUAAAAUCGCUUGAACAGGAUGCUCUUCAGGCACAAAUAGUUAUUAAAAAAAUGAGCGAAAUGAUGGAUACUACGGAUAAAGCUGAAAUGUUGGAAGAUAGGGCAGAUCCUUAUAAUGUUUCCGAUCAAGAAAAGAUCACCGAAUUCACUACGUUACGGCCGUCUAGCGCAGAUUUUCCUAAACUUGCUGUACGCAGCAAAGUGGGUCCUCCUAAAGAAAUACGUGAAUCUGAGAAAGUAGUGGACGAGAAGGUCACUCGCCGUACUGAAGAAUACGUGGAUGAGGUGACAGGUGAACGUCGUGUACGAACGGUCGAAUACGUCGAGAAGCUAAUUGAGCGACAGGUUGAAACUUUGAGAGAAAAAAUUAUAUCGUUGGAAUUAAGUAACGCUGAAGACGAAAUAGAAAGCAAAACUGGCACCGGAGCAAGUGAUGCUGAAAGUGAAAAUGAAGAACUUGCAAGUCAGCGUUCUGUCCAAGAUACGCUUGAAGAAAAAACUGAUCCUCUUAUUUCAACUAAUGCAACUGAAGGUGCUUCAUCCAAGCAAAACACGAAUAUUAUUGUUACUACGACUAAGAAAAAGAAAAGAAAACAAGGUAGAAAAAAAAAUCGGCAUUGAGAGUCAAAUAAAAGGCUUCAAAUAUUAACAUUCAUUUUUAAAAGUUUGCUUAAAAGAAAAGACAGAAUUUCUUAAUCUCAUAUAAGUUAGAUCAUUGCAUACAUAUGAUCCAAUGAUUCCUGACUUAUCAGUGUGUAUAAUCAUUGAUAUGAUUAAUUUAUAACAUGACUGUAAUACGAUUAAAUUACUUCAUUUCAUUUAAUUUUUAUCAUUCGUCUUAUUUUUGCUAUUAUACAUUUAACAAUUCAUGUAUAAGUUCAGGAAUCUCUAGUAUAAAUUAUCAUGCAAUCUUUUUUUUUUUUUU